UUGUCAUAUUUGAAUUUGAAUUGACACUAGUGUCAGUUACGUGUGUUAUGUUUACUUUUUGUAAAAAUCACUGAAAACUUGAAUAAAAGCUUACUUCUAAUGGCUGUGGAUGAAAAAUUGAUUGAUUGGUUAAAAGACCUGGGAUACCAUGGCCAAAUUCCGUCCAGUUUUUCAAAAAUCUGCAAUCCCAGCACUGCCUUUAUUUGGGAACAAUUAAUUACAAAUGUAAGGCCCCGGCCCGAAGUUGACACAAUUCGUAAAAAUUUAAUUAUAAGUCGGUUAACGAAAAAAUCGCUCAAGGAUCAGGAUGAGUUUGAUUACCCGAUUAAAGAGAUUCACAUUUAUGGCAAGAAGAAGAAAUGUGAGGAUAAAGUCAAGAAAUUUGAGAGCCAGAUUGGGGAGAGAGAAUCAGAGAUUGAAGAACUUUUGAAAGCCAAUAAACUGACUUAUGCCGUUAUUGAUAACAUGAAGUCAAAGAUAWGGGAGAAUUUGGAGAAAAAGUUUUUAUUGGAGAAAAAAGCAAAAAUGCUUGAGGAGGAUAUAAACCAAGCCAAGGAAGUUGUAACUUUGGCCAAGAACGUAACUCCGGUUGAAAUGGACGCGAAUUCAAACUGUGAUGAAAUCACUGAAACGCUACAAAAGUGUGCAGAAAAGCUGCAAAAACUCUCUCAACAAACACCCAAAUGCACGUUCAAAUCUAACAAUUUUUCUAAAUGUUUCAAAGAGGAAACUAAAGCAAAACCAAAUCGGGAGUCUUUAGGUUUAUUGAGACCUUCCGAUUAUCUCAGCAUAAGUGACGAUUUUGAUUUAUUGUUUUUAAGUCCCAAAAAGGACAAUUUGUUUGCUUCAAUAUCUGAAACGUCUGAGGAGUUUAAUGAUACUGAAGUUCAAAAUAUUUUAAAAAAUUUGUUGUACAAGAAUAACAGACUUUUGAUUUUAAAACAGUUUGGAGAAAUUCACGAGAAUUUAAUUAGGGGAGUUCAGACACCAUCAACGGUUUGUAAUGCACUCAAUAGGUUUGAGGUGAAUUACGAUGAUUUAACUSAAUUGUAUUUUAUACACGCUAAGGAGGAAUUAAAGAAAGACAAGUAUCGAUUACAAUUGGAAAAACUGAAAGAAACUGAAAUGAAACGUAAAGAAGAAAUUUUGUGUCAAAUACACGGUAAUCGGUCCGAAAUGUUUGAAUUACAAACCGAGAAAGUUUAUCACAAAUCCAUCAAUUUUUUUCUCGAUAAAAAAAUUAAUUCGCACAGACAGCUUGAUAGCGGGACCGAAAUAUACGUCAUAAAUUCACAAAUCAAGCAAGUGAAAGAUGAAAUUACUUGCAAAAUUGAAUGCAACGAGAAUUUAAUUCGUGACAUAUCCAAAAUCAUUUCUGAUAUCAAAACAAACAUCAAGGAAACGUCCAUUUGUGUGAAAAAACUGUAUCCUUAUCUUUGCGACAUGUCCUGUCCUAAUUUCCUAACCCAAGAAGUUAAUUCGCAAGAAAUUGAGACUUUUCGAAAGUUUCCACUUGAAUUUAAUCGACGCUUUGCUUACAGUGACAGGAAUUUAUUUUAUCGCGAUGUUGCCCACACUGGAGUUCCAUCUUUCCUUGGAUUAGACUCGAGUGAAUUCCGAGGAGUUACGAGUUUAAUCGAUGUGCCUUUUAGCCCCCCUGAAAGCGUUAUUUCAAAUACACUUCGAAGAAAAGUCACUUUGAAUAUGUUGAAAGGCUUGUCGAACGAAACACCAAAACUGGAGCGUCACAAUUAUUGUUUUAAUGAAGAGUGGGUUGAAAAUACCGAAAAUCAACUCGAUUCAAUCAUACAUUCCAUUGCGGUGAAACAAGUUCUUGCAGCGCCAUCUGAAGUUAGAGAAAAUGCCGAUUUGUGGAUAGAAAUGCCCUUAAGGAAUUUUAUUUCGCCCAGACGCCUAGUCGAUGGACAAGAUUAUAAGUUUUUUGAGGAGAAGUUGAAUAAAAUGUAUCGGAGAUAAGUGCGAAUCAAAAUGUGUUAUUAAAAAUUUAUUUAAUUGUAAUUAUUGAGUAAUAAACAAAUUUAAA